AUGCCCGUCUCGUGGGAAGCAACUGAAGCAAUCUCACGCCGCAAGGCUCUCUACGGCCGAUACAUCGAUACGAAACAGUGGGACAAGCUGAGGUCGAUCGCCCUUCCCGACGCGGAGCUGCGCUUCUUCGACCCCGACGGCUCCCUCAGCCAUUUUGGCAGCACGCCUCUUGCCUUUACGUCGUCGGAAGAAUGCGUAUCCUUUUUCCACAAGCUUUUGGGCAAUGCCCAGACAAUUCACAUGUUCGGAAGAGGAGAGCUGGAGCAUAUCCAGUCGGACGAAGUCAGAGCCAUCUGGCCGAUGGAGGAUCACAUCAUCUUGCGCCAGGGCUUGCUGCCCAUCGAGGUCCGUGGUGGAGGCUACUACUACGAGACAUGGAGGAAGAAAGAAGGCGGCUGGUUCCUUGCGUCGCUGGUGCUGCGGAGGACGUAUACAAAGCCGAGUCUGUUGGCCUGGCUUGGCGGGCUACUGACUUCGUACAUGAGGCCAACAGCGCAUGGCACCGUCUUCGACACCAAAGCCCAAGUGCUGCCGCAUGGCUGA